AUGUCUGGCUUGGGGCUCGUCAUGACCUACGACCGCUUCCGGGCCGUCGACGUGAGCGAGUACCUUUACCUGGACGAGUCUUCUGCGGCGUAUCUGAGGCCGGUCGUCGGGUCCCACGUCGAAGGUUUCCUCAGGCCGUUUGAUCUGAGGAUGUGGAUGGGGAUACUGGCAAUGAUGUUUGUAACAAUGAUGGCCAUUAGCCUCGUCCAUUUUGGAUACAAUUGCCUGAUACGGUCAUUUGAAUUGGAUGAAAGUCCGGUUCCUUCUGACGCCGAGGACUUUCAGCGGAAGGAGCUGCUCCGUGUCACGAAAGACUCUGUGAUGUGGACCGUCUACACUUUGUUGGCGCAGUCUGCCCCAAAAGUCCUGCGCGGGGACUCCAUCAGGCUCGUGUCAGGCCUGUGGCUUUUCGGCUGCCUCAUCCUGGCCUCCGUCUACCGCUCCAACCUCAAGGCCAUGCUCAUCUUGCCCAGGGUCAGCGUGGCCUUCAACAGCCUGGAGGAGCUGGUGGAGACGGACCUUCCGGUGUGGGUCGCCACGUCCUCGGCUCUGCAUAAUGCCGCCGCGAACUCCCCUGACGACACCUCGCUGGGGAAACUCAAGCACAUGUUGUACAGUGUGGACGGUCCUACGAAUGUGUCGUGGGGCGUGAGUGACCUAUUAGCCGGUAAACACGUCUACGCUGGGCCCAGGGCUGCUCUCGUUCAGAUCCUGCACAGUACCUUCUCACAGAAAGGGAAUUGUGUCAACUACAUAAUGUCCGAAGGCUUUAUGAAGACCACGAUGUUGAAUUUCGUUUUCCCCAAAGGAUCGCCGCUGAAGAGGAAAAUUGAUCCUCUCAUCCCGAGGCUGCUUCUCAACGCCCUGCGGCUCUUCCCCAGCAUCGUGAGGCUCCGCGAGGCCGGCGUCCUGGACCUCAUGUACCGGCGCGGCGUCCACAAUGCCAGCGAGUGCCUGAGGCCGCUGGCGUCCAGACCCUCCAACGAGGUCAGGACGCUUGACCUGGGAGACUUCUACGGCGUCUUCCUCGUCUACUUCGGAGGCAUGACUCUGGCUGCUCUAGUCUUCGUCGCUGAACUCAGCAGUGGGUGA